AUGUCCAGGAAGAUACUGAAGCUCGGUGACAUGGCGAGCGAGUCUGUGGCAAUAGGCCUGGAGCGGAUUGCUAUGCGCCUCAACAUCCAACGCCUCGGCCAAGCUUUCCUCCUCUGGAAUCUCCGCAAAGGCAGCGGCGACAGAUCCGGAAAGCCCUUCAGCGCGCGCCCAGUCCGGCACUCCGUUGCGGAUCAUAAUCCAGUUUUGGUUGGUGGUCAGGACGGCCGAGCGGACAGCGUAAGUAUCGGCAGUCUUGCUGACAACCUCAGCGACACCGUAGGAAGCUCUGCCAGCGCCUGGCUCGGAUGCCAGCGGGAACUUUUGGAGCACUCCAUGGGAGUUCGAGGACAAGAUGGUAACCUCGUCAUCAGUGAUCCGAGUGAAGAAGACAUUCGCGUCUCUGGAGCUUGUAGCAAACGAACCAGGUCCAGCAAGCUUGGGAAGAUGGUACCCCUCGUUCACAGUUGCAGCCGCGAUGUCCACAUGGUACACAUCAGCCCAAUGGCUCGUCGCCGUCUGGCUGUGAACCAAGAAAUGGGGCUUAGACUGGAUCAAAUGCGGCGCGUGAACGAUGACCUUUGUCAGCUCCUCCGGAGUUUUGCUCAACGAGAGACUGUGCACCGCCUGCGUGCCAAGGAUGUUGACCUUGAGGGUCUUCAGGCCACGAUCAGCCCAUGCCACAAUCGGCGCUGCAACGUUCCCACCCACAAAGAGCACAUCCUCCCGCGUAUGCACAUCCACCUUGCUCGCCAAAGUAUGCUCCUUAACCUUCUUUCCCGUAACCGGAUCCAAGCUGGUGACCUUGAUGUUGUACCCACCCCAAGCACCAUGCAGACUGACCACAAACACACUCUUCGUAUCCGUGCUAACCUGCACAGGCACCGCCCCCUUCUCCCCCUCAACCUCCCACUUCACCGCCCCCGUAUCCCCAUCCAGCCGUCUCACCACACUUCCCUUCUCCCCCUCAAACAGCACAAGCGCAUCCUUCUCCUCUCCCUCCGUGCCCAGGACCUCAACAUCCCUCGCCUCGCCCUCAAACUCAUUACCCCACACCUCCCUCCCCGUAACCGCAUCCCAGGAAUUCACAUUCCCCCCCAGCGCACUAAGCACCCUCUUCUCGCCCUCCACGCCGCGGAGGUAUCCCUCAACACUCCCACCCGCCUCGGACUCAAUCGUACGGUUCGCCUGCGCAGCGAGGAACUGGCGCCACACCAGCGCGCCGGUGCCGGGGUUGACGGCGCCCAGCACGCCUAGGUCGCUGAGGGUGUAGAGAAGGGACGCGGCCUUGGGAUCGGCGUGCGGGCGGUGGAAGAAGGUCGUGCUGGGGAGGGGGAGGCCCAGGAGUGCAUAUUGGAAGUCGGUGGUGUAGGCUUCGUCGGCGAAGACGGCGGUGGUUGGGGGGAGGAGGGAGAGCGCGAGGGACAGGAGUCCCACUGGUAAUGAGGCGCGCAUUUGGGUGCUGCCUCUGCUUGGUUAAGGAGCUUGGGGAGCUUGGGGAGCUUUGGAGUUAGCAGGUGAUGUCGUGUGGGUACGGUGGCCGGGAAGGGACGAUGGUGCUGUGACAGGGGUGACGUACGUUUAUAGGAGAGUAAAAAGUAAAAAGUAAGUAAGGAGAUUAGGAGAAGUGGCUGCAACAACGUGUAAAUAAAUAAAUACUAUUUAAAUGGUAGAUUUAUGCUAUGUCGUGGUAGACAAGCCUAUCUUAAUCGUCUUCAAUUUUUAGGGAAAUAAGAAAUUGAAUUGGG